CUGAACGACAGCCCAUUCCCACACCUCCAAUGGCCUCCUCCGCACGGUCUUUGGGCCAAACGGCCCUCUUCCUCUCCCGAAGAGGAUCCGCCCCUUCUUUUAUCCUCCAGUCUCGCCAAUUCAACACCACCCGGCCGAACUUUCACGUCGACCCACCCGCGAAGAAGUCGCGGCGUGCUGUCCGCCCCGAGGACAUGCCCAUGGCGCCGGAGUACUCCCCGGAUCUUCUGACCGAGGAGCAGCGGUCGAUGUAUGACUUGAUGUCGCCGGAGGAUCGGAGGGAGUUUGAUGCGGCGAAUAUCCGCCAGGUGCAGGAUUUCAACAGUCCCCAGAAGCGCCGGGCCAUGUUCGCGAACCUCGACAAGGAGGUCUCUGAGAUCAAUCGGGCCUAUCCCAUGCGGUUUGAUGGUAACUCUACUCAGCGUCUUAACUUCUGGGGUAAAGACGAGACCGACGAUUUUGCGAAGGUGGAGGAUGCCGAUGAAGAGUACCUUGACGAUGAAAUGACCUCGAUGGCUCAUGCCGAGGUGGAGCUGCACCGUGAAGUCAGAGAGUAUGCUCGUAUUGCGGCUUGGGACAUGCCUUUCCUCAGCAACUUGGCCAAGCCCUUCUCCCUCCCCACUGAAGACCAAAUCCUCCGCUUCCGCUACACGACCUACAUGGGCGAGGAGCACCCCGCGCAGUCCAAAGUCGUCGUCGAGCUCGCCUCCAAGGAUCUGACGCCUAAGCACCUCACCGAAGACCAGCGACAGACCUUCCUGAAGCUCGUCGGCACGCGCUACAACCCGGACACGGACAUCGUGCGCAUGUCGUGCGAGAAACACCAGACGGCCGUCCAGAACAAGCGGGCCCUGGGCGAUCUGGUCAACUCGCUGAUCAAGGAGGCCAAGGAGGGCGACUCGUUCGCGGACCUGCCCCUCGACCUGCGCCACCACACCCCCAAGACGCCCCUGCGCUUCCCCAACGAGUGGAACAUGACCCCCGAACGACGACAACAGCUCGAGGCGAGACGGAAAGAGCGGCAACAGCGCGACCAGCAGGGCGUCGGCGUCAUCGACGGAAACAAGAUCCUUGCGCAGCUGGCCGAAGUGCCGCCACCGGUGUCUCCGGCGCUGUCGAAACGCGCCGAAGCCGAGCGCGAGAAGGUCGCCGUCAGGGCCGGGAAAUUCCCGCAGAAGCCCGUGGUCAGGAGAAUGCGCUAAUCUCUCUCCAAUCCUAGAUGAGCACUGUAUAACCCAUGGUUUCUUUCUCCUUUUUCUUUUACCUUUUUUUGUUGGAUUCUGGCAGUCAAAAUAUUCAAAAGGGCGGGCGCAGAUUUCAUCACCAUCACCACCACCAUCAUCUCAAGGUCAUAUCAGACCUCCCUAUGUAUCAAUGUAUUAUACUUUUAUCUGUGUGACUAUCUGUCCUGUUUUGAUAGGUCUUGUCUUGAGAUCAAGGCCUA